AUUUGUCUCCAAAGUCGAAUGUUUUGUCUUAAAUCGUAAUUACAUAAAAUGUAAUUGUUCAAAUUGACGUUGGGUACACUGAUUAUACGAGUCUUUCCGAGGAAUACCGAAUACGUAUCUAGAGCGACUAGUAGUCUAAAAUGGCGAUUCCAGAAUCAAGCAGUGAGUUGCCCAAUUUAAAAAUCGAAAUAGAGAAUGAUUUGGAUGAAGCAAUGGAAAUUGACGAUAAUGAUAACAUCACAGACGACAAGACAUCUAAAGAAGACGGCCCGGAGGAAGGCGAAUUAAGUGACUCUAAAGAUACCGAUACAGACGUAAAAACGUCUGUGUUUGGGCUUGCAGUGUCAACAUCCAAUGAACCAAACUGGGACCGAGAGAAACGCUAUGAAAAUAGAGGAGGUGCGUUUGUGACUGGUGUUGAUAUCUUUGCAAAGGAGGAACAAAUCAAACUUGAUGAACGGGCAAAGAGAUUUGGUUUGGACCCUUCAGAUGCAAAAGCGGUAACUGAAGAGCAAGUAACUGAGUUGUAUAAAAGUUUGGGCAUGAAGGAUGAAGAUGGUACUGAAAAGCAUUUCCGACUGAACACAUUGCAUGUGAGAGGUACAGAAAACAUGAGCACCCAGGACAUUUUUAAUUACUUCAAAGAUUAUGGGCCUGCUUCCAUCGAAUGGAUUAAUGAUUACUCAUGUAAUGUGGUCUGGCUUGAUAAUUUGUCUGCAGCCAGGGCAAUCAUUGGACUUUCUAAACAUGUUAAAGGCUUGGAAGAAUUUCAUUCCACGGCUGAUCCAUUUCUUAAGAAAGGGGAAAAGGAAAGUGAUAAAGAAAAUGAAAAGGAGGAAGUCGUCGUCGUACAAGAAAUUGAGAAGCCAGAUGGAGAUGAUAUUAUCAUGGUCAUGGAAACAAGCAGACAUGUAUAUACAGAUGAACAGAAUGUAAAGGAGGUCAUGGAAGAAUCUCAGUUGAAUGUGGACAGUGAUGUAGUUCAUGCAUCUGAUAUUCCAAUUCCAAUCCCACCUGGAAAGUGGAGGAGGGGUAUAGCCCACCCAAAAGCCAAAUGCAUUCUGUUACGUUUUUCAACCCGGACAGAUAAGAAACGGCCACAAGCAGAGAAAAUGAGUGAAUAUUAUAAAAAGUAUGGCAACCCUAAUUAUGGAGGAAUCAAAGGUUUAAUAACACCAUCUUCUAGAAAACGGCGAUAUCACCAGCAUGAACAUAAUUCUAAAGUUUUUGAAGAUGAUAAAGGAGAUGAAAGAGACUUCAGUGAAGUUCUGAGUGAUGGAAAGAAUCCCUGGGGUAACUUGGCAAAAUCAUGGAGCAAGCUAGACAAAAAUCACAGUAGAAGAAAACCAGAAUCAUAUGAGCUGAAAAAGUCACCGCCACCGCCACCGCCACCAAGAUCACUUGUUACUUCACAACCAAGUAUUGAUGAACAGCAAGGCAGGUCCAUUCUUCAUCGUAUUGGAACAGUAGCAACAGCACCAGUACUUCAGUCUGAUUCAGAUGCUUCCAAGUCGCAUGAAAGUGAUGAGGAAUCAGAAUGGACAAAACGAAGCAAGAUUCCUCGUAUGAGAAUGUAUGCUGAUGAGGAAGAGGUUCGCAUAGAACGCCGCAAAGCUAAAGUACAGGCUCAGUCAAGAAUAAAGAAGAAUAGAGAUUUGAGAGACCAUCAUGAGAAGGAUACAAGGUCUGAAGAUCUGGAGAGGAGACGAAAGCUAAGAAGCAGUAGUGUUCAUCAAGAGAGCUCCAGAUCAGAUGCUCGAAACAGAGACAGUAAUCAGUGGAAAAGUAAAACUUUUGAAGGUUUUGAAAAGGAUACUAUAUCCAGGAGUCAUGAUGACCUAAGGAGUAGGUUAGAUAGAGAUGGAAAGAGUAAAACUAGGGGAGGUGCGAGUGUUGGUACUUCAACAGUAUGGGAUAGAUUGAACCGACACCAAGCAGGUGAUACAGUUAACUGGAAACGAGAAAAGAGUGGUAGUGAUUCUGAUGAAAAUUAUCUCCAAGAUGAAGAUCUUGCUUAUGCUGAUCUUCGAGACUGUCUGUUACAGGGAAAGAAAAACAGUUCAAGAUUUGAAGGAGGAGACCUUAGAUCAAAGCUCAACUUAAAGAAGAAUAUGAAGCAGCAUAUUCCAAUACAGAAAUCACCAUUACGUAUUGAAAUUGAUAAUGACGAAUAUUAUAGACUUAUUGGUAGUGAUCAGGAAUGACAUGUUUCUUUUUUAAUGCUGUGUUCGUGCGAACAUUUGUCACAUGUAAGCAAGCCACACUUAAAUUUAAAGGAAAAGGAAAUAAAAUCUCAUUUGUAAGCCUCA